AUGGCUUUCCUCCACUCCACCAUCUUCCUCGGCGCCGCCUUGCUCCUCGCCGCCGGUGUCUACAUCCGCAGACACGACACGGGUGGCAGCGGCGCCACCACACACCUCCACUUCUUCAUGCACGACGACUACACUGGGCCGCACCCCACUGCCAUGCGGGUCGUGUCCGGCCGGUCCCUCUUGUUACCCACGGCGUCCAGCGAUGACGAUGUCGGCGCCAACAACGACAGCGCCACCGCUGGGAGCACGCGAUCGUCACUGCUGCUGUUAUCGCCGCGGCAGUUCGGCGACGUCGUGGUGCUGAACAACGCGCUGACGGAAGGCCCCGGCGGGGACAGCGCGCGCGUCGGCACGGCGCAGGGUUUCGCCGUGCGCGUGUCGGAGGGCGGCAUCGUGUCGCACCUGACCAUGCACAUGGUGCUUGAGGCCGGCGAGCACCGCGGCAGCUCCGUGACAGCGAACGGCCGCAUCGACAUGGACGCCAAGGUGCGUGAGUCUGUGAUCGUCGGCGGCACCGGAAAGUUCCGGUUCGCGCGGGGGUACAUGCUCACCAGGAACUACGACUACGACCUUGCCCAUGGAGGCGUCGUCGAGAUCGAUGUCUACGUGCAGCACUAG